AACUCCUCCCAUUUUCUUUUUUUCUCUUCCAUAUCAAAGUACACAAACACAAACUCUCAAACUCUUACAGCAAAGUUCAUCACUCAUCAUAAAUUGAAAAAAAAAAAAAAAAAAAAUCUCUCAAGAUUUUCUUUAUCAGUAAUAGUGAUGAUGAUUGUUUGGUUCUGAAAAAAAAAGAAGUUUUUUUGGGUUGUUUGGUGUUUGAAGGGGAAAAUUGAGGGGUAGAUAUGUAUACAGGAGGAUUAGGAGGACCAAUGCGAAAAUCAUUUAAAGAUUCUCUUAAAGUUCUUGAAGCUGAUAUUCAACAUGCCAAUACUCUUGCAUCAGACUUCUCCAGGGAGUAUGAUGGUGCUUGCUUACAGAUGCGAAUGUCCUACAGUCCUGCAGCACACAUCUUCCUUUUCUUAGUGCAAUGGACUGAUUGCCAUCUUGCUGGUGCCCUUGGCUUGUUGAGAAUUCUUAUUUACAAGGUAUAUGUCGAUGGCACCACAACCAUGUCAACUCAUGAAAGGAAAGCAAGCAUUAGGGAGUUCUAUGCUGUUAUUUAUCCCUCUUUAGUUCAACUUGAAAGAGGUAUUACGGACUCAGAAGACAAAAAACAAAGCGCAGUUUGCCAGGAAAGAUACAGGAGACGAGAUGAUGAGGAUUACAGACAAGCUUAUGAUUUGGACAUUGAAAGGGAAGAUGAAGAAUGUGGAAUUUGCAUGGAGGUGAACAGCAAAAUUGUCCUUCCCAACUGCAAUCAUGCAAUGUGCUUGAAAUGCUAUCGCGAAUGGCGUUCGAGGUCACAGUCGUGCCCCUUUUGCCGUGAUAGCCUAAAAAGGGUGAGCUCAGGGGAUCUGUGGGUAUAUAUGGACAGCAAAGAUGCGAUGGACAUGACAACAAUUACAAGAGAGAAUCUAAGGAGGUUGUUCAUGUAUAUAGAGAAGUUACCUUUGAUCGUGCCGGAUAAUGUUUUUGACACAUAUGAUGACACUCAUCUAAGGUAGAAGGAGCAAUGGCCUAUUGGUUAGCUUGUUGACAUUGGUCAUAUGCUAGAUUUUGAAAAUGGAGGUUACGGCCUCGGAUUUGGUGAUGGUGGAUUAGAUAUGAAGGUGGUUCCUUUUCCACUACCUUGUAUUUAGAAGAAACCCAACCUGCGGAGGCGGAGCCAGGAUUUGAACUUUAUGGUUCUAAAUUCUAGGAUAGCAACAUCAGGUGUUAAGUAAUUGGGUUCUAAAUAUAAUAUUUGUACAUAUUUAGUGAUUUUCUUAAUACAAAUACAGGGUAUGAACUAAAGUUGUUGGGUUCGUAUGUGGGCUUCUAGCUCCGGCCCUGGGCGCAGGGGUUGAGAAGCUAAGUCAGAUUAGCUAAAAAAAAGCUUUAUAGUUCUUUAUCUCCUCAUUUGUAUAUGCCUGUACAGUUGUACAGCUUGCUUCUUGACAUUAACUAUUUCUCUGUGGUGGUUUGGUUUCUCA